ACCCCUAACUACUCGACCAGCUCACACACACGAAUCAGAGAUGCCCAAACAUCGCGACGUAGCUGGCUUCCUGAGCCGGGUGCGCAACUUCUUUCUGGGCCGCACCCACAAGACGGCUCUCCGCUUUGCGGACACGAUCUCCCCCAGGACUCAGCCGCCUCCGGAUAUUCCUAAAGGUCCCUCGGAGGGCCUGUCCGCCAACUACUACUACACCAGGGAUCCUCGGCGACUGGUCAAGCCCUUCGUCGAUGUGGUGCAGGAGCACAAGCAGAUGUUGGCCGCCAAGGCGAAGAAGGCUGAAGAAGCGGCAAAGAAGUCCUCAGAUGCCUCCAAGGAUGGCAGCCCAUCACCACCUCUCAAGGCCAAGGAUACCAAAUCCCAGGACUGCGAUCAGAGCGAUGAUUCCGGAGCCAAGAAACUUCCCACUCCCGGCAAGGUGCAUUCCUGGGAGGGACCCUAUUAAACGAGUUAAUAGUUCCUUCAUUGACAAUGCGUGGAAAAGAAUUUAAGUGCUUUGCAGCUUUUUACGAUGUUAAGCAGGACAAUUAAGAGGAUUCGCAUUGGAGCAAUGCAGCAGGUCGUAAAAAUGUAAAUCUAAUUAGACGUCAGGGGUGAAAAUCAUUUAUGGCACCUGCAUGAAAAUUUAAUUAAGCACACACAAUUAUCGAAGGAGCAAAGGGUUCGUUACGGGCCACAACAAUAAAUUUGCAGGCUUAAUAA